GUAUUUAAACCCGCAAUGUCAGCAGGCGCUCAGCUUCACACUGGAGAACUUGAUCUUGACCAACACGUUUGGAUUCAUAGGGGAAAAAAAACUUUACAAAUAAACACAGAUUCUGAGCUCUAAAUACCAAGAAGAUCUUUCAUCAGCAAUCUCCGCUGGCAACUUUGGAUAUUUGAGCAGAGCAUCAACCUUUUGGGAACACUUUUCUUUUUUUCCUCCCUUUAUUUUGGGAUUUCAACUGCGCCCACUCCGUGUGGUCGCCCCCUCCUUCCCAGAGAGGGUGUACAGUUAAAGUUGGCGUCCGGAGAUGCGGUCCCUUCUCCCGCUUACUGUGUAUUGCAUCAGCCUGGUUUCCCUCCAGCAGCUGCUGGCGUUGCCUGCUGAGGAGCGUCCCGACAGGAACAGGUCGGACCUCCUCAAGCUCAUCGACCAGAGAGAGGAUACAGCCUCUCCAUCAGGAGAGGCUCAUGGCACCGUCCCCGCUCCAGCCCCCAGUCAAUACACAAAAGGGCUGCCCGGUUUCCCGAGACGCCAACCAGCCACAGGAGUAAGAACAGCUUCGCCAAACCUGACAUGGGCACAACCCAGUGAGGCUUCGCAGAUGGAGAGGAGGGUGCAGAGAGCUCGUCGCCAUGCCCACUCGGGAUCACGAGGGGGUCACCACCACGCCCAGCUGAUGAGAGUGGGCUGCGUCCUGGGAACAUGCCAAGUGCAGAACCUCAGCCACCGGCUCUAUCAGCUCAUUGGUCAGAGUGGCAGAGAAGACUCAUCUCCCAUCAACCCCCGGAGCCCACAUAGUUAUGGAUGAGUUAGUUGACACCUCCAAACACCCACAGCAAGUCUUAUCUAUAUACCCAUUUAUUUAUCUCUUAAUGUGUUACUGGUAGCUUUUGCAUUAGAGUUGAUGUAGUCCAUUUGUUUAUCUGUCUUAAAAUGACAAUUAUACUCCUCAUAAAUGACUGUUGUGCGUCUCUACUCUUUGUGCUGAUUGAUGGAUUUGAAGACUCAAAUUCAAGAUCACGACUGACUGAAUUGUCUUUGAAACCCCCAAUUUGAGUUCUCCCACCAUCCUGAGAACGUUUGCCUUUUGAAGGAUGUUCAAGUCUUUUUGGUUUGCCCUCCUGAACGCUCAAAAGAAGCCAAGAGGCCUCAGUUUGACAUCUUAAUCCUGUUAAUGUAAGAAUGAAGGGUUGUCCUCAACACCAUUCAGUGGCCUGGUCCUGUCUGCCAACUGAUCACGCCAGCGGUGGUUAUCCCGUGGCUCAUUGAUCAAACACUUAAGCCCCUAAUGUGGAUUUCAACCUGCACUCAGAGCCGGAGCCCUGUCAAAAUCAAUGUAUUUCCAAAGAUCUCGUAAAUGACCAAUGAACCCUUUCACCUCUUUUUUUGUGCGCCCCCUUUUUGUCAACUUUGGAACUCCCAAGUCGUUUUGCAACUGCAUAUACAAUUUCAAUAUGAACACUUACAUCUCGGGAGUAUUCCACCAGCUUUCAGUUGAACUGGGGAUUCAUCACUCAGCAAGACUUUGUCUUUCAGGACCACAGUUUACAUUUGAAACCAGCCUCAGAACUCAGGUUACACCCGAGUUUAAGAGCAUUCUGAGUCAGGACCUAACCACAAAAACUCCAUGCUGAAAAUGAAAGAAAGAAGGUCAGCAUCCAGUGACUUGGAAGGAAUCUACACAAAAACUAACUUUCCAAAGGAUCAGUUUCAAAGUUGCAUUAUGGUGGCCUGUUGGCCAACACAGUAGGUGGCAAAGUGAACCUUGGAGCCCAGAUCAGAGCUCCGUCGUACUACCGCUAGCAUUUCCCCCACAGGGGGCCAAGUCUGAAAUAUUAGCCUUUUCACGUGAUUCAUAAGUUCCCCUUGCAAGUCAGGAGUUUCGGUUGACAGCAGUUUAAUAAACCUGACCUAAUCACUUCAGUCAUAUGUACUGCCACAGUGGGGGGAGGGGAGGGGGCCCUCAGCCUCCUAUGGUCUACACAUUCAGCACUAAUAAAGAAAGAAAGAGCAAGGCAUGUGGCAUCCUCACUAAAGCACAAAUGCAGCCUUGUAGUUUGCAGAUGUUAAAGGGUCGGUUCACCAAAAAUACUUAUCCUUAUCCUAAUUUUAUCCUAUCUUUGCAUCAUAUUUUGGAGAUUUCCCAGAGUAACAUGGAUUCUUACUUAAUAAAUUCUAAAUUCUAGUUCUGUGAGCACCACAGACAAAAUUUCAAUCAUAAAACAUUGCGUAGGUGAGAAAAUAUGUGGGGAUUUUUUGUUUGUCCUAUGUAAUUUUGUUAAACCAACCCUUUAAGUGCCAAAAACAAAAGAAUUGCUUACAUUUUACAAAAGAAUUACACUCUAAGUGGCUCAAAACGUUGGCAAAUCCACCAAUAAUAAGUCUAAUCUUCUAAUGAAACAUAUUUGCCUUGAUAUGGUGGAUAACAGUAAUAAGAAGGAAUGAAUAAACUGUUCCUUACAUUUUCUAUAGGCAAUACCUACAACACAUUGUAGUAUAUAUAAACAAUUCUGUUGGCAGCAACAGCCGCCCUUAUUGUUCACAUGCAGUAUGUUAAAUGGGUUUAAAUUAGUCCUGAGACGCCGGCUAAAAGCUCCACUGUUACACUGUGGGUUUCUAAUGACAGACCACAGCAGCCAAAAUGUUAGGCGUAAGAGUGCCCAAUUUCAAAUAUGUGCGCAAAAUAGCGUCGCGCCAUCAAAAAUACAUGCCCCGAUGAAAUGGUGGGCGGAUGACUGAGAACAACUGAGGUCAAGUUCUACUCAUCGAGUGUGCUACAAUUUGACAGGGCCUUAAACUUUCCAAAAAAUGCAAUAAAACCCACACUUCUAGCGAGAAACUUAAUUAUAUUCCAUAUUAUUUACAUACUUCUAAAGUUCUAUUCCAAGACUUUUACUAUAUGGUAGCCUCUUUAAUGCGCAGAGAGUGGUUGUUUCAUAGUAGUAAUACCUUCUGAUUUAUGUGCACGGUCAUUUAGAUUAAUUGUUCAGUCACAGGAGUACUUCAGCCUUUGUUAUUUUGCAUAUCAUUUCACAAACAUGAGAGUUCGGUAUUCCUAAGAGCAUUAGUGUAAACUCACCAAAUACCUGGCAAUACUUGACGAACCAAAUUACUUUACAGUGUGUAAUCUACAUCAUAUAAUAAUGUGCUCUUUUCUAUCUUAAUCUGUGUCUUCUGAUUUUACUUUGUGUCUUUUUCAUCAACAGCUUCUUUUUACAUUUAGUCUCUCAGCCCCAUCCUGGCUCUCUUCUCUCUGUAAUCGGGGGGGCUUGAGGUCACAGGGUAAUAACCAGUGAUUCUUUAGUCUUAAUUCUAAUCUGUUCAAAGGCUUGCUGAGGUGAAACAUGCCAUUCUCUCUGCUGUAAUGGAGCUAAUCAAUGUCUCGUGACGGAUCAUUAAAAGGCUUUUCAAACGCUCUAAAACCCUGGUGGAUCUCUCUACUUUUUAAAAUGUACUAUUUCACACACACAGGAUGUGUGUGCGUGUGUGUGCGUAGCCUAUCAGGACACUUAUCUCCUGUGUUUGAUCUGUGCUCUGGACCAUUGUGCUCCCAGUUUUUUUUUUUUUUUUGCUCAGUAUGUUUUUGUGACGUCUGGCAUUGCGUCACGUCGAGUUGUGUGAGCAAACUGUGCACGACCGCUAAUACCUCCCCGCAGAAGCAUCCAGAGCUUUCACGGCUCGCAAAGAGGAAUGAGUGCAGAGUUAGCACGUAAAAUGUUUCUGUUAGUUUUGUAAGAUAGGGCAGAUUUUCCAUUUGAAAGUCACACGAUCUCCUUUAGGGUCACAGGAAAGCACUUUAAUGCAAACAUGCGUGUGGAUAGUUUCUUGAAUUUCACUCAUUGUGAUGAACUUGUGAAAGUUGGACGAGGUUCCUCUUGUAAAUGUUGCAUUUGAGAUUGUCUGCGAAUGUGUUUGAAGAUGUCAGUGCACUCCAUGUGGCGUCAGGAUGACUGUGAACGUCGCGUGCACCUGUGAAUAUAUAUAUAUAUAUAUUUAGCCAAACUAUUUAAAAAACAUUAUGUAUUUAAGUUAUCUUUGUAUGUUAAUAUCUGUAUGUCACCAAAGACUAUUUAUCUCUUCCUUUCCACUGUUCCUUCAACGUGACUUUAUGGCGGGAGAGGAAGUCUUAACUGUAGUUUAAAUGUUACUGUUUGAUAUGUCCUUUACUCUGUAAAAUAAAGAACUAUACUGUA